AUGCCUUCUGCAACGGGUACAAAGCGCGUGAGGGGUGUCUCUGUGUUUCGUCCUUUUGUCUUCGGCAGCGAAGCCCAACCGUUCGAUCCUGCGAAGAAACCUCCCCACGUGCCCGCCGACCACACCCACCAAUGGCGCGUCUUCGUCAAAGGCGUCAACGGCGAAGACAUCUCCUACUGGCUGAAAAAGGUCCAGUUCAAGCUGCACGAGACGUACGCGCAGAAUGUCCGGACCAUCGAACAGCCCCCCUUCGAGGUCACGGAGACCGGGUGGGGUGAAUUCGAGAUCCAGAUCAAGCUCUAUUUUGUGCCGGAAUCCAACGAGAAACCUCAAACGCUGUGGCACAGCCUGAAGCUGCAUCCGUACGGCGACGAUGCGGAGGGCAAGAAGGAACGCCGGGAGAUGGUGACCAGUCAGAACUACGAGGAGGUGGUUUUCAACGAGCCGGUGGAGCAGUUCUACGAGCUUCUGACCGGAGGCCCCGCGACGACCGCGCAACCGCAGAAGGGGAAGGGUGGGAAGAACACCAAGCAGGCCCAGCAACAGAAGAACGGCCGGACGGCGGAGAUCCCGCUCAACAAGACCCCGGGCAACGAAUACAGCAAAGCGGGAGAGGCCAGUGAGAUGGACCGCCUGGCGGAGGCCAACAAGACGGUCGAACAGAUGAUCAAGCAGGAGAAGGAGAGACUCAUCGAGCGUGAGAAGAGACUUGCCGAGUUACGCGCGAGCGAGGGCGUUCCAGCCAUUACCAAGAAACGCUAA